AAAUAGUCGGUGAAACUUUUCUUACCAUGCUAGGAAAAGCAACUGCUCCGAAAUGCAAGCUGCCCUCGCUGCACAUCGAAGGGCAGUGUUGGGAAACACCACGGAAUACCGUGUGCGGCGUUUCCGUGGCCAGGGGAACUUGCGUCUUCCUCUCUGUGUUCGUCUUUUCGUUCGGAGCGCUCUUGAGCGCUUUCCUUAUGAACGUGACUGACCGGUGGGAGCUUCAGUUGACCGCGUACGGCAUCGCCACUGCGGCAACCAUCGCCAGCCUUUUCUUCAUUUCCUUCGUACGCACCAGCCCUGAAGGUAUCGAUGCGUCGUCGCCUUCCUACAGCGCACCAAGUUCGCUUAGUGCCCGACGGCUCCAGGCAUCGCUCAAAAGAGGACGACGUGAACUCAUACGACCAUCCGAUCUUUGGGUGCCAGACUGGACGCAUGCUGGUCCAUUCUUGAGCACCCUGGAACACGACGAGGACUGGUUCGUUCUGCCUCAUCAAGGCAAGAAACAACGUUCUUAUACGGUGUCCCGUGCCAAUACCGACGCCUGUGCACACCACCCCUCCUGCCAGCAGCGCCCUCAUGACAUUUGAAGGAUGCAAUGGUUUGGUCGCCGCCACCAUCAACGCCGUCCGGACUGCUCCAUAUCUGAUCUUCCUUUGGCGUUCACCAUGUCUGCUGGUGGUUUUUAUUUAGUGACCCACGAUCACUUCCAAUCGUGUCGCUCACUUUUAAUUUUGUGCCCUAAGUGACGCAAUGAUCUCGGUAAAAAUAACUUCGCGCGCUAUCCGUGUGUAACAACUGCGACAACAUGACAAAUUAUGGAUGUUCAUGUCAACCUUGAUAAGACAGUAUUCCUAUAAGUAUAGGUAUUCGCAUAGGAUUGUA